AUGAUCGACUACGCGCGCCCCUACGAGAUGAACAUGUGCGAUCUGUACCCCCCCACGCCGCCCACCUCCGCUCGCCUGGACGACUUCCAGGUCUUCAAGAAGGGCAACGCCUCCUACAUCUACGGGAACUACUACAACAACUACGAUGUGUAUCCCGAACCCGAGAUGGACACCACGGCGAACGUCUACCACAACCUGGUCAGCUCCCGCGAGUACCGGCAUGAGGACUGGAAGUCUAAAGUCAUCGUGGACUGGACAGAUGAUGACACAGUAUCCUGGCUCAUAGAGUGCGCCGUCUCACAGGGCUUCUGCGAGUUUGACGUCCCGUUCUAUAAUUUCAAAGUUUGCGGAGUGGAACUCUCUAAUAUGAGACGUGAAGAAGUUAUCCAAAGAAUGGCACAUCCAAACGUCGAUCAGAAUAUAUCGAAGAAGAUAGGAGAAAUCGUCUACGAUAGACUGCAGGCCCGUCUCAGUGAAGAGAUCCACAGACAGAGUUCAGUAUUCAGAUACGCGGAGAGUGAUCCAUACACACAGCAGGAAACAGUGCCGUCAGUGUUAGAUCUGGAUAAACAUAGGUUAUAUACGUCGGACUAUAAGCCGAACGACAGCAGUCUGUUGCCGGCAUCUGAUUCCAGUGAUGACGCGGAGGAUGUAUUCCGUACCUCAGCGCCGGCAUCUCCCUUCUCCUACGGAAGUGAUAGUAAGUCAGGAGACGAAGAAGAGAAGAGAAAAAUUCCCAAAAGACUCCCAGGGAGGCCGAAGGGAAGCGGCAAGAACAGAUUCAAGAGACCCAGGAGUGUGUCCGUUCCAGAGUUUCUGAGGAACCUGUUGUUCGAUGAAAGAUACUGUCCAUCUAUCAUCAAAUGGGAAGACUACUCCCAGGGCAAGUUUAGGUUUGUGAAACCGGACGAGGUGGCCAAGCUGUGGGGCCAGAUGAAGCAGAAUGACAACAUGACCUUCGAGAAGUUCAGCCGGGCGAUGAGAUACCACUAUCGGCAGAACGUGUUGGUGUCAGUACCGACCGCACGCCUCGUGUAUCAGUUCGGACACAAGGGACCGGACUUCAAGACUCAGAACCCGAACUUCGUGAAGGUCAAGUCGGAACUGGAUCUCCAAGAUAUGCCCUACUCGUAG